GGAUGGCUAAUUCCUGGAUGGUGACAGGCCGUGGUCUGGUUUGAAGACCAGCUUGGAGGAGCGAAACAGCUUCCAUGGUUCCACUUCGCCAACUUCCGGCAGUUCUUCUGAUAGGGCUUGUGAUCAUCUUGCUUUUCCUUCAACUCCUGUCCUUGUUCAUCUUCAAGUGGCGAAAUCGCUCCAAGCGCAGAGAGGGAAUCGCUCCGAGUGGACCCUGGCAGAUCUGGGUCGACCGGGUUCUCAGCGCGUAUCCGUUGCUCACUCUGCUGGGGGGCAUAGCACUUCCUGCUGGCUUCAGUGUGGCAGGCCUCUACGCCUCGGAGUUUCAGGUGGAUGUGAACCUGGAUUUCAGCAGCUACCUUGCAGCAGAACUGGAGGAACAGUAUCUCUACGACCUCACAACAGGCCUUGCCAGAGAGCAAGUGGAUCGCAGUCAGAACUUGCAGGAUCGCGGCCAAGAGAGAUGGGCAUCCUGGAACUUUGUCUCUGCAUCUCUCGCCAGCGAGAACCACAGCAGUCGGCGGCUUCAAAGUGUGCGACCCCUUGAAUCGAAUUUUUGGAAACUUGAUAUCUUCUACCAGGCCAAAGACCCCGAGAAAGGCAUUUUCACUCGGGAAGCCUUGGAAGAAAUUAGGGACUUUGAGCGGCGCAUCCACGACUUUCCCCGCUACACGGAGUUUUGCCGGAAGAAGUUUAAUCCUGAGAUCUGCGAUCCAAGCUAUUCUGUCACGAACAUCUUCUUUUCAGUUCCCAAUGCCACAGAGAUCACAGGAGCUGAUAUGAAGGUGAUCUAUGAUGGAUCUGGAUCGCUUGCUGACAUCGAUGAUGUCCUUGAAGGAUUUUUGAGAGAUGGACUGGAUUGGUGGGUCGACAAGGACUUUGGGCCACAAAAUCUGAAGAGUCAAUACACAAGAGCAACCUUUUUCGGUGGCCUGCCCCUCGCUGGCUACCCAGAUUUGGUCACCAGGCUAGAGGAGCAGAGACAAAAGUCUGGGAACUUUUUGAAGGAUCUCUGGAGGGAUCUCUUGCGUCGAACAGAGAUCACUGGAAAGGAUCGGCUGAACUACGAGCAUGUGAUUUUCUCUUGGCACGAGAGUCGCUAUCUCUACAACCACGAAGUGAACUACUACCUGAUCAAUGAUUGCUGGUUUUGCGCAGGGACCAUCAUUUUGGUCACUAGCCUGGUUCUUCUUCGCACGCAGAACCUCUUCACCACGCUCUGCGGAGUGCUGGGUGUCGUUUUGGCGUUUACAUCCACCUAUUACUUUCACAUUGCAGUGAUGGGCUACCAGAGGUUGACGGUCAUGGAUCUGGUCUCCAUUUUCCUCAUCAUUGCCAUCGCAGCGGACGACAUCCUCCUGCUGUACAACACCUACCAGUUGGCCCCUGCGAUGCUGGUGGUGGAUGAUGGAUCUCAGCUGUCGCCGGCGGAGAAAAUGAGGUGGGCAUAUCGGAAGGCUUCCCUGGCCAUGUUGGUCACAUCUGCGACCACCUGUGGAUCCUUCUAUGCCAACCUGCUGUCCAUCGUCAGUGUGGUACGAGGCUUCGGCUUUUUCAUGGGAACCCUAGUGCUCUGGAACUUUGUGAAUGUCUUGACCAUAUUUGCUGCCUCCCUCCUGGUCAGUGAGAUCUAUCUAGCCCCAUUGCUGCGAUGUUGGCGCAAAAACGACCCAGGUCCCUGCUGUGUGCAGCCUGACUGUGUGUCACCGGCGGCAACUUCCAGACGACGAAGCGGUGAGCUCUCGGCCGCGUCGACGCAGCGCGUUUCGCAGGACCCCAGCUCCAUCUUUGCUUUGGAUGCUCACAUUGGCGAGCUGGGCUGUAUUGAACGGCAGAUGGACACCAAAAUCAGACCUUGCUUGGUGACAUGCCGCUGGCCCUUGCUGGUUGCAUCUCUUGGUCUCAGUGGCCUUUUCAUCUUCCUGGCAUACACUGGCUUUCGCGUGGCAUCAGGUGAAAUCGUGGUCUUUGAAAGCGACCUGAAUUUGGGUCGAAUGAAAAUGCUAAUAACAGAGGUAUUCCCUUCCUACACCAGCAGUGACCUGAACAACAACUUGGUGAUUGUCAAUCCCGUGUGGCCCACCACUUUGCCAAGCUGUCCCAGGUUGGGAGACAACAGCACCUGGUGUUCUGGACAUGGUUCUUGUAAUACCUUUACUGGCCGCUGCAGUUGCGAGGACCAGUACGCGGGCAAUGGCUGCUCGGUCUUGCGGCGAAAUGACACCCUGGAGCUCUCCAGCUGGCCGUCUUCGUCGCCUGGGAACUAUGAGUUUCUCCACAUCCUCUCACGACCUUCGCUGAUCCAAAGCCCAGCAUCCUUGGACUUUUCGGCCACCGUGGAGUUGGCAAACAGAGGAGACGACCUCUUGGAGUGGUCGCUGACAGUGCCCGCGAGUUCCCGCAGCUGGAUGGGCCUUGUGCCCAGCUCCGGCGCCGUGGCACCACGGAGCUUCAGUCCGUUGGAUGACGCCAUCUACCUAGGGCAAGGGGCCUUCGUGGUGAAGUAUUUCACCGGCAGCCGACCGGCGGGCUUCUUGGAACAGGUGAAUGCUACGCUAGAGGUCACGAAUCGACCCUCACAGACGGUGCGGUUUUGGGCCUUUCUGAUGCAACCGCCGGCCUUAGCUGCCCUGGACAUCGACUGUUUGGAUGUGAACUUCACAGCGGAGCUGACGCCUCCGUUUGCAUUGGACUUUGGUUUCAGUGACAACGAUACGCUGAACUUGGCGCUGCCCGGACAGACGCCCCAGCCCUGGUACAACAUCUCCUUGCCCUUCGCUGUCCAGCGCAUCGCGGUGCAUACCGAGCUCUUUGGGACGGCUGAGAGGGUGGAAGUGAAUGGCAUCCAGAGCAGUGGCAUCUCUGAAGCCAUUGAAUUGUCUCCAGAGCCUGCCAUCAACAUCAUAUCGAUCCAAGUUUUCUCUGCAUACAGCGAAGCAGUGAGCAUCGUGUACAAGCUGGAGGUGUUAAGAGCUUCAACCAGCACCACUAGCACAACCAGAACUAUGACGUUGCUGAAGGGUGAAAUCAGCAUCAAUGUCAACGAUUGCCUGCUGCUUUUGGAUUCUGAGCAGGACUUGGUGUUGGGUUUGGCUGCACUGCUCGGACAGCCGGCGUGGAGGAUUGCAGUCGAAGUCAGGUGCAGCCGCCGCAUGACUGGUGCUGUCGAGAGGGAACUGUUAUCAAGCGCGCUGGUGCUCUAUGAACUGCGGGUGCCAGGCAGUGAAGCCGCAGACGUCGUUGACAUUUUGGACACCACCAGCGCGACAUCGCUCUCGCAGACGCUGCAAGCAGCACUGGACGCGUCAGGCAACGAGGGCGUGUCGUUGAGCGUCACGGCGGUGGUGGUGGAGGGUGGCACCAGGACAACCAGCGGUUCGACCACUAGGAGCUCCACCUUCACCAGGACGACCGGGACUCCCACGACCACGGCUACGGCCGUGGUAGCCACCACCGGAAGCACUGCAACCAUCAUGGGAACCAGCACCAGUCGCACCAGUACCCUGACAUCAAGCAGCACAAGUCUGGUCACGUCAACCAUCACCAGCUCUUCAAGUACUGUGACUGUUCAUAGUGCUACUGCAACCAGCACUACUGCGCCUGGCACCGCAACCAGCACCAGAAGCUACAGCACGAGCUACACUUUGACCCGUACGACCUCCAGUACAGGUAGCGCCACUACUGUCACCAGUACAGUCUCCACGGUCUCGACAUCUGAAGUGGCCACCACAACCACAUCCACAGCGUUAUCAACAGCGACAUCGGCAGCGGCAGCGACUUCCAACGACCCAUCCUCCACGGCCACAGAGCAAAGUGGAACGAGCACGGGCACAAGAUCCGUGACGGGCAGCACGACCAAAACUGCCUCGGAAACCACUGACACGGCGACCAGUGAACAACCGAUUUCGACCAUAACCAACACUUCCACGAUGAUCAGCAGUCCAACGACCAUUGCAACCAGCAGCACUGUGACAUCAGUGACUGUCACUGUAAGUACGACCGUGUUCAGCGCCAGCAGUGUGACUACACAAACUGCCACUUCCACCUUUUUGGACUAUGUCAUCUCGGGCUCGAUUGCCAUGGAAGUCAGUGACUGCGAGUCCUUACAGGCGCCCAGUGGGCAAGAAGGAUUGCGGAGAGCUCUUGCCGAGGCUGCCGGUGUCGACCCCAGCUACAUCCAGCUCACAGUGUCCUGUGUCCGGCGGAUGUCGCAGGCGGACGAGGCGGACGAGGCGCGUAGGUUGUCUGUCAGUGCAACUGUGGACUACGUGAUCGACCCACCAACUCACUCCAUGGAUGAGAUGCUGUGGUUGACGAACACGGCCCACUCCAAUCUCCUUUCCGAGACGUCAGCUUCGCUCAGCCAAAAGAUCGAGCUGGCCAUGGCAUCCACAGGUGCCUCCGUUUCCGUCACGGUCAUAGAAAUCGGCCAACCCUCGGUGUCCAUCAGCAGCGAGACGACUACGAGUCCCAGCACAACCACUGCGUAUUGUCCCGGGAAUCCAGUCUGUGGAGGAAUUUCUGGGCAAUGUGUUGUAGCUGUGAAUGAUAGCAGAAGUUGGCGAUGCGAGUGCAGUGAAACCUACGAUGGAGAGGCCUGCGAAAUCCGAACGUGUCCCAGAUGUCAAAACAACGGGACCUGCGUCAGUGGUACGCAAAGCCCCCACUCACAGUGGAGCUGUGAUUGUCCCGAAGGCUUCCAAGGCACACACUGCGAGUUUUUCAGAUGUCCAAAUGACUGCAGCAACUCGGGCGAUUGCAACGCCGAGACCGGGCUCUGCGCUUGCUUCGUUGGAUAUUUGCAGGAGGAUUGUUCGGAGACAACGAACUGGAAGGUGCCAUUUGCCAAUUGCAUCGAAGUCCACUUGACAUGGGGCUUGAAUGGGCACCAGGUGUACAACACCAGUGCUCCGGACUACAACUCCAUGUUUGAUCUUUUCGCGCCCGAAACCCAGGCGUGGCUCCUUGAGACCUGCCAGCUCGCUCGCGCACAGGAGGAGCUGAUGGUUCGCGAGGAGUUGAUGUGCUGGAUUGAAGGCUUCAAAAACUUUGUGAACUUGGCCGGUGGGAUCUUUCCGGUUGAGAGCCCGGAGCUGGCAUCGCAAGCCCUACAGGCGUUUAUGCAUCAAGAUGCUGCGAAACCCUUUUAUGGGGAUGUCAGCACCUCCGGGCUCGACUAUGAUGGACCUGCCAACUUUGCCAGAGAGAGGCUCAAGAUCAAUGUGGCCAAGACCGGCAACACCACGUACCGGACGGCAAUAAGGAAAAGAUGGGAAGAGUUUGCAAAGAGCCGCAAUGAAGGAGCACCUGCCAAUGUGGGCGUCAUGUUGAUGGUCUCCAGCACUUGGAUGCAGAUGGAGAUGGAGAGCAAGGUGGUUUCCUCCACCAUGAUGGCUUUUGCUGGCUCCAUCACCGUGUCUCUGCUGGCGGUGGCACUCUUCACGCAAAAUGCCAUCAUUGCACUGUACGUCUGCCUGAACAUCGUGCUGGUGGUAUGCAUCCUCGCUGGAUUCCUACUCAAUGUCAUGGGCUAUGAGUUUGGUGUGGCCGAAGCCAUUGGAGCGACGAUCUUUGUGGGGCUCAGCGUGGACUACUGUCUCCAUCUGGCCCACGCCUACAACGAGGCACCAUCCAACAGCUCGAGGCAGAAGAUACGACAGGCGCUGGUGGUCAUAGGACCUUCCAUCCUGGGUGGUGCAUCCACGACCAUCGUGGGCACCGCUUUUCUGCUGCCCUGCCGCAUUCUGCUGUUCCAGAAACUAGGCUGGAGUUUGUUCGCGAAUUCCACAGUCUCAAUACUUUUGACCUUCUCCUUCCUCUGUCCAAUGCUGAUCAUCUUGGGCCCUACAGGACGGCAGGGAGAUCUAUGCCCUUGCUUAAGGCGAUCGCUUUCGAAAGCAGGGACAAGUCGCGUCUAUGCUAGCGACGAGCCAAGUCCUCGCGCGGAUGCUGACGCUGACUCCUACACGGACAUGGUGCCAGAGGUGACGGGACAGACCCUGAGAAGUGACAGCACCUUCCGGCUGGAUGUGCAAACCAACAAGAGUGACAGCGCAGGGCCCGAAGCGCCCGAAGCGCCCGAAGCGUUGGCUGUGGCGGCAGUCGCCUCGGAGAACAGGGGCGUCAACCAGGUGCAGGUACCAAGUCAAGGGACGGAUGGCACCUUCAACGUGGAUGACAUGAAAACAAGCGAUCAGUCGAAAAGCAGCGUGGUCGACCUCGCGUGAGGUCAGAAAAAGCCUUGGAUUUUGCAGGCUGAUAACUGUCCACAGACAUGGUGGUUUCUCAAGAUUUUGGGAUAGCGCAAGAGCGAUG